CCUGUCUGGCUGACAAUAGAUAUCAGCAUGUGUGUGAGUGCGCAAAUGCUAGCAGGUCUCUGUGCUCCCAGAAGACGCUUCCCUACGGAGAAACAUUUGUUGUUAUAGUGAUGAAAGAAAGUCACACUUAGUUUUUGUCUUUCCCUACACACUGAGCAGGAGCUCUGUAUCUAACACCUUUUUAUUUAGUAGCCUUUUUUGCUUUGGCUAUUCUCAUUCCUUGAAAGAUGGCACAUUCUUUACUCCUUGUACUUGUUCUGUGAUGGGAAGCUUGAAUCUGGAAAUCAAACCCAGUUUGCAUCAAAAAGUGAUCUAGUGAUUUUACCAAAUAAGAAGAAAACAGACAAAAUAGGAGUGAGAUGGACUCACAAGGCUUUAAAGAUAUUCUGAGAGGGAAAGAAACAUCCCUGCCUACAGAACCAUCAAAUACUGUCAGACUUUUCAUCAGUUCCACCUUCUCAGAUAUGGCAGAAGAGCGUAAUGCACUUAUGGAAUUUGCUUAUCCAGACAUACAAGCCUUUUGCCAGAAACAUGGUUUGGGGUUUGAGGUGGUGGAUAUGCGGUGGGGAGUCCGAGAUUAUGCCACUGUAGAUCACAGGACUAAAGAGCUGUGCCUGAAAGAGAUUGAUUUCUGCCAAAAAACAUCAAUGGGACCGUCAUUUAUUGCUUUGGUCGGAAAUCGUUAUGGUUUUCGGCCCAUUCCAAGAGUUAUCAGUGAGGAGGAAUUCAACAUCCUGUUCAGCAAAAUUCAGAGCAAUGAAAGUGAUGCUCAACUGCUGACCAAGUGGUUUUGGAAAGACAUGAAUACAAUUCCUCCUACAUAUGUUUUGCAGCCAAUUACAACUCAUCUACCUCAUUAUGCUGCUACUAACCCUUCCUUUGCAGAACUCCAAGCCCAGGAAUACAAGGAGUGGAGAAAUACUGAAAAACAGUUAACUAAAGCUCUACGCUUAGCUGCUCUGGAGGCACAAAUAGAAGGGCUUAUUACAUUAGAGCAGAAGCACAAGUAUUUUAAAUCAGUAACUGAAUCAGAGAUUGAAUGUGGCCUGUUAGCCUGUGGUGCCAAUAAGGAAGGCUCGACAAUAUUUCUGCGAGAGGUAAAAGAUCUAAACCAGUGUCAGAUCUCUGGACUCUUAGAUGUCAGGGAAGAUGGAAGCACGGACACAGAAGCACAAGACCUUUUACAAAAUCUUAAGAACAGAAUACUGACUGAUCACAAAGACUGUGUUAAAACACAUGUAGUGGAAAUGAGUAUACAGAAGAACAAAAUGGCUUAUCUUCAUAAACUCUGCGAUCAAGCUAUUGCUGUUGUCAACCACCAGAUACUGAAGUGUCUUCCAAGUGGAAAUGCUGGUCAAUCACAGUCUGAGAAUCAGCAUCCUUGGUUGGGGUGGCUUAGACAAGAGGUCAUACAUCACCUGUCCUCGUCACAGAAAAAAUCCCAGGUAUUUUCUGGGCGUCAAGACCUGCUGCAAAAGAUCAUGAGUUACAUUCAAGAAAGGCACUCACAGGUGUAUCCACCUCUGAUCAUUCAUGGGGUAUCUGGCUCUGGAAAGACUGCCCUUAUGUGCAAAGCUUUUGAAAUGUUGAAACAGACCAACAAUGGAAGCUCACUUAUGGUGCUCCGGCUGCUUGGCACUUCACCACAAAGCUCAGAGAUCCACGAUGUUCUUAAGAGUAUUUGUUACCAGUUGUGUAUAGCACUGGAACUUCAGCCCCCUUCUUCCCAGAUUACUAAUAUCUACAAUGAGACAGUAAGGUUUUUCCACCAACUUCUUACCACUGUGUCCGAGAGGAAGGUUGAAAACUUGGUGCUGUUUUUUGACUCUCUUGACCAACUCUCACCAUCAGAAGGUGCCCACCGUCUUCACUGGUUGCCAAAGGAAUGUCCAGCAAAUGUUUGCAUUGUAGUGUCCACACUGCCUGAAGAAGGAGGAAUACUUAAGACACUAAAGGAUUCAGUGACUGAUCCAGAGUGUUACAUUGAGGUGAAGCCACUCUCUGCUGAGCAAGGAAGUCAAAUGAUUGAGAUGCUCAUGGCUUCAGCUGGGCGUAGAUUAACCAAUGACCAGCAGGAAAUUGUAUUAGGCAGCUUUAGGAAAUGUGGGCAACCAUUGCUCCUUAAACUGGCAUUUGAUGAAGCCAAAAGAUGGUCAUCUUAUACACCAAUCACAGAACUCAUGAUUGCCACAAGCACAAAAGAAGCAGUGAGUCUCCUUUACCAAUGUUUGGAACAGCUGCAUGGAAAAUUAUUGGUGUCCCAUGCUCUGGGGUACAUAGUGGCAUCCAGGAGUGGACUGUCAGAGGCAGAGUUGAAGGAUAUACUGUCUUUGGAUGAUGAGGUUCUUGCUGAUAUAUACCAGUACUGGGCUCCACCAAGCAAUGAUUUAAUACGAUUUCCCACCCUCCCAUGGACCCGUCUAAGAAAUGAUUUGGAAGGGUACUUGGUGGAACGACAAGCAGAUGGGAGCACUGUCCUGGGACUCUAUCACAGACAGUUUAUUGAAGUGGCUCGAGACACCUACCUGACCAACACAGAGAAGAGCAAUAGACAUGGCACACUGGCAGAUUACUUUAUGGGCAAGUGGAGCAUGGGCACUAAGCGUCCAAUUCUCUUACCGCUAAUCAAUAAGUCCUUGAAUGCAGACAGAAAGGUAGCAUCACAGCCACUGUGGUUCUCAGAUAACAUGCCCAACCGGAGAAAAAUGAGCGAGCUUCCCUAUCACUUGCUGAAUGCAGGAUGCAUUGAUGAACUACAAGGGGAAAUAUUGGGUAACAUGGACUGGAUAUCUAGCAAAAUUGUUUCCUGUGGAAUUCAGAGUGUGAUCAAAGAUUUUGAGAUGAGCGUGAAAUUAAUAAGUAGUAGGGAAAUAAUGCUUCUGCGGGACACAUUAAGGCUCUUCCAACCCACUAUUAAUUUUAUUGAAGGUGUCAUAGAUCCUGUCAUCGUAUUCACAGAGAUGUUGGCAAGGAUGCACUUCUUCCAGUUGUCGUAUCGUCUGAUAGAUGAAUUGUGCCAGCAGUGCACUGGCUGGCUUCACCAAUAUCCUCAUCCCACCUUUAUUCCUACAUGCGGUUUCUUUCAACCUCCUGGAGGACCUCUACAAACCACUGUCACAGGUUUCAAGAAAGGUGUCACUGUUAUGGAACUUUGCCCCGACCAUGAUCUUCUUGUGGUGGGAUCUGAAGAUGGGAUUAUGAUUGUGUGGAACAUAAAAGAUAUUGAAGUCAUACAUACUUUAACAGGCCACAACGAUGGGAUACGGUGCAUUAAAAUGUUUGAGAAGGGGACCAGAGCUGUCUCUGGCUCAUUAGAUCACACUUUGCUGUUGUGGAACUUAGUGACUGGUAAGCAAUAUCUGUGCAUUCAUGAAGACCAUACAACCUAUGAGAAUGCUUAUCUGCAUGUGGAUGAGAAGAACAGUAUCAUAUACUCAGCAGCAGGGUCACAGGUCUAUGCUUGGAAGAUAGAGUCAGGAGCUCCUCUACUAAAUCUUUCUCCUGGUGUUCCUAAUUUCCCAUUGCAAGCUGCAGUGUUUUGUGCUCAUCAACUGCUUAUUACUGUGACGGAGGGUGGAACAGUACAUCUUUGGGACAGUGCCACAGGCGAGCUAAAGGGAUCAAGGCAGCUUCCUGGAGUGGGUGGAGAAGAUGCAAAUCCAGUGUGUAGUUGCUUCAUCCCCAGACAUGGAAAGAUGGUGGUUGGAUUCGAAAAUGGCUUCUUAGCAGUGAUUUCUUCAGGCGGAGGUGUUUCAACUGAGAAAAUGUCCAGUGCAGUGGUGUUUGUGGUGCCAUCAGAAGAUGAGUCCCUCUUUGCUGCUGGAUUUGGAAAGCAGGUCCAGAUUUUUCGGGCUGAUUCAAACGCACUUAGGACAUUCCUAGAUUCACCUCUGGAACAUGAGGAUUUUGUGAAAUCUGUAGUAAUCAACAAUGGGAGAAACAUUAUAUUAACUGGAUCCCAAGAUGAAACCAUCAGGAUAUGGAGUCUGUCUCACAGAGGUACUCUGCUGGAUACUUUCUAUGGCAUGGGUGUUUCUGUCACUUCAUUGGCACUGCAUGGUGGGACAUUAAUAUCAUCCUCAAAGAAUGCCUACUAUCUAAAGCUUUGGACCCUGGACUAUGAUCAGCAGCACAAAACACUUACUCCUUUUCAAGAACGCAGUGGCUGUGUCGCGCUCUCUGAUGCAGGAAACAGAGUGUAUUUUCCCAAGACUGGUGACAAACACAAAAUUGUUGUCUGGGACUCUAAGCAAGGUAGAAUGGCUGAUAUUGUGGAGGCCUCUGCAGAAGUGAAGUGCUUGGAGGUGGCUGAGAACAGCAGAAUUUUGUUUGUUGGGCUAACUUCAGGAACUGUCCUGGCAUUCCCUCUGGAUCAGAAACAGGAUGUUGCGUGCAUUCCACCCCCUGGAAACAACAUGGAGGUGGUCUGCCUAUCACUGAGCAAGCAGGAAAACCGACUAGCUGUGGCAUACCACAAUCUCAUACUACUUUAUGAUGUUACCAAGGGUGACCCACUUCCAGUGCUAGAUGGUCCCAUCCACUCAGUCCAUCCAGGCAGCACAAGUUCUAUUUGUAAAACAGCUGUCCUAGAGGAUCAGAGACUUCUGUAUGGGAUGGCCAGUGGAGAGAUAUAUCUUUUUAAUUGUGAGAUGGAUAAUACUUGCCAGCUGGAGCCACAUGAGCGCUGUAUCACAUGCUUGGAAACCAGCAACAGUGAGACUCUUGCAUUAAGUGGCUGCGAGGACUCUGUGCAACGUCUUUGGAACAUUGACAGUGGCCAGUGGGUGCAUGAGAUGUGUUACAAGGGAUUUUUCUUCCAAGGUGUAGACUGUGCCUGCUUCUCCAAAGAUGAUCGGUUUAUUUUUACUGGAUCUCAAGAUCGAGCCAUUAAAGCAUGGGAUGUUUCAAGUGGUUCGCUGCUAGCAGUACAGUAUGUAUAUGCUUCAGUCACCCGGCUACUCCCAACAGCAGAGGGAUUCAUCGGUACCACAAAAUUGGGAUACAUUAUACGGGAAACGUUUCAGUGCCCACAAAACAUCAGUCCCCAAUAUAAUGCACUGAAGAACAUUAAAGCUACCUGCACGGUGAAAUCUAGGAACACUGUGCACAAUGAAAAAGCUGGCAAAGUCACAGCAAAGAUGGGGAAACCAUGGUGGAGGUGCAAGGAACAGAACAAUAAAACAUCCCAAAUAUGCCAAAUUGUUUAAUUGGAGUUAAGCUAUGUACUGCUGAUGGCCAUCAUGGCAAAUUGAACUGAAAGAGGAAAUUAAGCCUAAGCAACAACAGUUUCAGAACUGAUAUAUUGUGAAAAUCUCCAUCAAUUUUCAUGAGGCUGAAGAUGCUUGCAUAUGUUUUUGAUCUAUUCACAGGGUGUUUUACAUACAUGAAUCACAAGCAAACCCUUUUUCUAAAUAUCUAACCAAUAUGUCUGUGCAGAAAUGUUAGGUUUCUGUGAUGAAGGGCUGGUGCUUCUUUUGUAAAUAAAGUUUUGUUGUGUAA